UAGUCCGUACUCUUCUAAGUUUCUACUUUUUCCUGGUAAAACCCAAUGUUCCUUGCUCUACAUCUGCAUUUCUCUUUUGAAACUGAUCUGCAGUGCACCCUUCAUACUCUAGAGACCGAAGAAACCGGUAUCUCUCUUGUGUUUGAUCUGCUAAAGAAUGGGGGGUGGAAGGAAGGGUGGAAGGAAAAGCCGGACACUUUCAAUGAGUGAAGUAACUAAGUCUGGACAACCUAAGGCAAACUGCAGUGUAUCUGCCCGGAAUUUGAGGAAAGAAGACCUUAGUGCGGUGAUAUUUGGAUGUAAGAACUACACCAUUAAUGAAUGCCUUUCACAAAAGCUCUUCGGGCUACCAAUUCUACACUUCUCCUAUGUGAAGAAUAUUGUGCCAGGCAUGCCCCUGUUCUUAUUCAACUAUAGUGAUCGAAGAUUACAUGGCAUCUUUGAAGCUGCAAGCAAUGGGAGGCAGAAUAUUAAUCCACAUGGGUGGACUGCGAAUGAAAAUGAGGAAACUGAAUAUCCGGCCCAGGUUCGCAUCACAAUCCGGAUGCGGUGCCAGGCCCUGAUGGAAAAUCAAUUUCGGCCAGUAAUUGCCGACAAUUACUACACCGAUAAUCACUUUUGGUUUGAGCUGGAUCGUGCACAAACAAGUGAAUUAAUCUCAUUGUUUGAAGCAUCAUCUGCUAGUGCUCAUCCUCCUUUACCAAAGAAAGUGUGCACUAGUGAAUCAAUCUCAUCAUUACAAGCAUCAUCUGCUAGUGCUCAUUCUGCCAUGCAAAAGAAAGGGUUCACUUGGUGUGACGUGGUCAAAACUCUUGCAAACCCUGAUAAGAGAAAUAGAAAUGAUGAUUCUGAGCCAACAUGUAACCCCGUCAAGAUGAAUGGAUAUGAUGAUCCUUGGGCAGAUGUUUCUGAGGCAUAUUUGGAGAACUUGGAUCAGUCUGAUCUUCUAUCCAGAGAAGUUGUGGAUAAAGAAGAGGAACCACUGAUUUCAUCACAGAUUGGAGAGAUUUUGACCAACUCAUUUGAUCAUCUGUUUAUGACAGACCCGGAAAUGCAGGUGGUUAUAGCUGAUCCUAUGACCAGUGCCAUGCCUUCUGGGGAGCAAUCUUUUCAAGAAGAGCCGCUUGAUUCAGAAGAGAACAGAGUGAUCUUGGUUAAGUCAUCCUGUCAUAGGUCAGAUCCAGAUCAGUCGGUCACAGCUGGUUCCUCUAUUGUGAGUGAGAUGCCCUCAGUGCAGAAGUGUUUUCAAGAGGAGCCACUGGUCUCAGCAGAUGAGAAAGAAAUUUCUGAUUCUCCACCAGUCAUAGCUCAGUUGAUGGAAGAGGUUCAGAAGUUGCAGGCCUCUUCAUGUGAACAACUAAAAAAGACGACUGCUUUGGAGAAUAACCUGUCUGAGUCACAGGUUCAAAUUCAACAAUUAAACAGCCGUCUGAAGAAGUUGGAGUCAAUUUUGGAUCCAACCCUCAAGCAUAUUGAUGAAAGUGGUUGGGACUGGGCUCCUUGAUAAGUCAAGGCAUUGCCAUAGAUCCUUUUGAAACAGUGGUUGGCAGUAUGAUGAGUUGGGUAACAUUGAAGGACAGACCAGCAAAUGAUGUUAAUAUUCUUAAGAGUUGUAGUAACACAGAAUUUUAAUAUCAAUGUAAUAGAUACUGAUCAUUUCAAGCUUUUGUAAA